CUCCCACAAGACUGGCUAUGUAGACGGCAGACGGAGUCAUCAUCCAGCCCUCUUUCUCUCCUCUCAGCUAGGCUCCACCUCUCACUUUCCCUCUCUCCCUCUUCCUCUCUUCCAGCAUCACACUCACACAAACACACACACAGCACACACACUUUUUCUUCAAGACCUCCUACUCCUACUACAGAUGAGCGCCUCCUCGACAGGGCGAGCAGAUUUGGAGCUGAAGGUGUGUUGUUGUUGCCAGUGAGCUGGAAGUGGAAGACAGGAAGGAACGUCUUUGACUGAAGAUACUUGUCACAUCGAGCUCGCGCUGCAAACUUGAACCCCUUCCUGGGAUUGUGAAGAGGACCCAGGGUAGACAGCGUGCUGCCAGCAUCUGCCUGGCUGCCCAGCAUCGCCACAAUGAAUGAAAGUCGAAGGGAAGCACUGGCGGCGGCCGCCCCCGCGCCCACCACCGCCUCCUCCUCCACGGCUGGCUCCAACACCACCAACAUGGCCGGCCCGGGCACAGGCGAGAAGGAUGAAGCCUUCUCCAAGCUGAAGGACAAGUUCAUGAAUGAGCUGAACAAAAUUCCAUUGCCAUCGUGGGCCAUCGUCUCGAUUGCCUUUGUGGCCAUCAUCCUGGUGUUAGCUUGCUGCUUCUGUGUCUGCAAAAAAUGGAUAUUCAAGAAGAAAAACAAAAAGAAGGGCAAAGACAAGGGCAAAAAUGCCAUCAACAUGAAGGACGUCAUAGAUGGGGCCAAAACCGAGGCCUUGAAGGAUGAGGAGGAUGCGGAGACAGGGCUGACUGAAACGGAGAAAGAGGCAGAGCCCAAGGAGGACCAGAAACUGGGCAAAUUACAGUACUCCCUGGAUUACAAUUUCACAGAGAAUACGCUCAUGGUGGGGAUCAUUCAGGCGGCCGAGCUGCCUGCUAUGGACAUGGGUGGCACAUCUGACCCAUACGUAAAGGUCUACCUGCUGCCUGACAAGAAGAAGAAAUUUGAGACCAAGGUCCACAGGAAGACCCUCAACCCCGUCUUCAAUGAGCAGUUCACCUUCAAGGUCCCGUAUGUAGAGCUUGGCGGGAAGACACUGGUGAUGACGGUGUACGAUUUUGACCGCUUCUCCAAGCAUGAUGCCAUUGGCGACAUCAAGGUGCCCAUGAACAAGGUGGACUUCAGCCACAUAACAGAGGAGUGGCGGGAUCUGCAGAGCGCUGAGAAGGAGGAGCAAGAAAAACUGGGUGAUAUCUGCUUCUCUCUGCGAUAUGUCCCCACUGCUGGCAAGCUGACCGUGGUCAUCCUUGAGGCCAAAAACCUCAAGAAAAUGGAUGUUGGAGGCUUGUCAGACCCAUAUGUGAAAAUCCACCUGAUGCAAAAUGGUAAGAGGCUGAAGAAGAAGAAGACGACAAUCAAGAAGAACACCCUCAACCCUUACUAUAACGAGUCCUUUAGCUUUGAAGUCCCAUUUGAACAAAUCCAGAAAGUGCAAGUUGUUAUAACUGUUCUGGACUAUGACAAGAUCGGCAAGAACGAUGCCAUCGGCAAGGUCUUUGUGGGCCUCAACAGCUCGGGGACGGAGCUGCGCCACUGGUCCGACAUGCUGGCCAACCCCAGGAGACCCAUCGCCCAGUGGCACGUGCUGAAGCCUGAGGAGGAGGUGGAUGCUCAGCUCUCCGUCAAGAAAUAGGCAGGGCUCUUUCAGUACCUGCCUUGUAGUACUCUUUAGCCAGUAUGUGUAAAUACCUCAGUGAUAUAUGGGUCCAUCCAUGUAACUCCCUGUCCCACUUUACCCCCUCCCCCACCCGUCGACCUCUCCCAGAUUCAUCACUCCUAAGUUCACACACAGUCCUAAUUGUUGAAGUGUCCUGCAACAUCUGUUCUCUGCUUUUUUCUAUCAGGUUCUCGCUUUGAUUCAGCAGUUUUUGAUUUCCAUCUCCAAGCCCUUAACCGCCCAGACCAAAUGCCCCCUUCUUUUAAGCAAUAUGAUCUGUAUAGAUAGCGCAUGACUGAAAGAAUUUAUUGUACCACAGUUGUAUAUAUAAGUAUGCAGACAUAAAUGAUUUCUAGUUUAUGUGUUUGUAUGUUGUUACCCGUUUCCUAAUCUGUGUAUAUCUUGAUGUUUUUAAUAAGAUGUUCUAUUUUAAAUUAUGUAAAUGCAGAUAUAGAGGAAAGCCAAUAUUAUAUAUCCCAGGAUUUAAAAAUUCUACCUUAUUACCUUAUUGCAUUCCAGAAAAAAAAGAAUUCCAACCUGCAAGACGCUAGUGGAAAUAUAUUCACAUUGUAAAGGACUUUAAGUUCAGCAAAGGAUCGUUACAGAAAAGACAAACGGAUGAAUAUAUCCACACAAAACUCCAAAAUACAAGGCCAUUAACUACUAUGGUUCUGUAGGAUAAAUUAUGCUGCUGGAAAUUAUACAAGCACAUGAUUUCUUAUGACUUUUUGUACCUAUUUCUCAAUCCGAGGACCUACAUGUUUUAGCUUGAGGCACACUUGUUACCACUUAGCAUUUCAUUUUUUCCUUGUUUGGCAGUUCCAUCUGAAAUAGGUCCUCAAGUUAAAGGUUAGUUUUCUUUUCCAACAAUGGAAGUGAUUGCCUCCAAGAAACACCCCUUUAGAAACAACCCCCAUGUGGAAAAAGCACCAAGCUGUAGCCAUUGUGUCCUUAAACUCGUUCUAACAAUAUUUUGUUAACUGCUUACUUUAAACAGCCUUGUCGUUGCUGGAGGUGUAUCGCGUUUAGGCUGGGGUCCGGCAUUUGUGAGGGAGUUUAAAAGAAAAAAGGGGGGGUGGGUGGGGGUUGCACUCUGGGCUCUGGUUUUAAGAGGACUAUUUUUUAGAUUAAUUCAGCGUCUUGACUAUUUUUAGUAAAGUGCAUGUUUUUUUUUACAAUCUUUACUAAACGCUGGGACGGGAGGGAGGGGGGAUCUACUGACACCAGGGGAGACUCUUCUGAUAGGAUCCCCUUGCCUUCAAUCAGAGGAGAGAACAAAAAAAAAAGAAAUCAAGAGUAAUGUUUAAACUUUGUGUCAAUGUGACAUUGACAGAGGUGAAGCGAGUUUAGUCUAAACACUGCCAUUUACGGGGAGGUGACUUUCUGUAGAGACCCUCUCUUCAUGCACACUCCCACUUGCUAGUGGUUGUAGCUUUGGUUUAUUGGGAACAAUGUCUUUGGCUGCAGUGGUGCCCUGAAUCGCAGUCUUUGCUUUGCGUUGCCUUCUCACAGUGACAAUAGAGCUAGCCAUGUUUUACUGCCAAUUUUAACUUUUAUGUGGCUGCUAUUUUGCACUGGAUGAACUAGCUUGUUGACUUCUUUAGAAACCAUUUUUGGAUGAUUGUUGGCCGGCUUUAUUUCAGGACACCUACAGGAGGGGAGGGGCAGGGGGCGGAGCCAGAGAGCCUCCUGCUUGAUUGGAUUAAUUAAAUCCAAAAAACAACAACAAGAAAAAAAAAACAGGAAAAAAAGAAAGAAAGCAAUGAUGACAAAUCACAUUUCAGCCAACAGCAAUUACAUCAGUUUUGUUUUCUUGUUGGCACAGGACUACACCAGGGGAGCACGAAAUAACCGUAAAAGUUAAUGGUCUGCGUAGGCUAUUAGUUCAUUAUGUCCUUUACUACGGGUCCAAUUAGGAAAGGAGUAAGUUGUAAUCCAUGAAAACCAUGAAGUCUCUUAUCUUGGAGGAACCUCUUGCAUAUACUCGAUACACAGCUUCAGGAGGACUUUCUAAAUGUUUUCAAUGUUAUUGUGUAGUUGAUAGCACUAUUAUGAAAAAGCUACUUGUCAUUCCAUAGGAGUCUUCUGAGGACUGCUUUGUGUAUCACUGUGACUGCCGUGUGUGCUUAGAGAUGUAGACUUAUCAGUAGGUAGCGAAUCCAGUCUGUUCUGUAGUGAUGUCGUAGCGUUUAAUGCCAUUUUUUCCUUCUACACGCAAAGAGAGGACGAGAGAGAGAGAGAGAGCGUGACUGCACGCAGCCAAAAAAAAAAAAAGAAAAAAAAAAGGAGGAGGCUUUUAUCCGAGCGAGAGCGGGUUGCUUCACACAGCAUUUUGUUGAGCACUGUGCAAUACUUGUAUGUUCAUCCCAUAGUGUUAACGUGGGUGGCGUUGCCCGAGAAAAGAGAUUAUAACCCUUCGAGGAUGAAUCCAGUCCAGAGAGAUGUUUUCUCCUUUCCAGUGAAAUGGUUAGGACACAGCACACUUAGAUUCAGCUUAUAGUUUGGAGCUUGACACCUGCUGACCUCUGUUUAGGGUUCCCUCCCUUUUCCGCAGGUUCAUUUUCUCUUCUUGCACACAGUUCCAGCAUCAGAAGUUUCAGGGAGUCUUCGUUAAAUACCAAACAAGAUUCUGCAUUUAGAUACCCCCUUAAAAAUGCCAUGUAUAUAUUUACAUAAUCGUGUCAAAGAAAAUGUAUAUCUAGAAUAAAUAUAAAGUGACCUGAAUGAUUAUUCAGCUGCAAAAUAUCGCUCUUUUAUCCAGAUGCUAUAUCUCAUCAUCGUUAAUCCAUUUUCAUUAGAGUUAUUUUAUUUAUGUAUUUUUAUUUAUUUAUGUAUUUAUCUCCCCUGUUGAUUCAAAACCCCUUUUCUAUUUGAGAUGAAAACUCUGAAUGUACAGUGAGGACCGUGUUGCUGUAGAUUACUUUAAUUAAUUAGAUGUACCUUGCACUUGUUGUUGUUUAAAAGAACAUAUUUUUAAUAUUUUUUCAGCUAUUAUGGAUUCAUUUCAUAAUCCUAUGGGGUAAAAACAAUCAAACAACCUCCCCUGUGAUAGCAUUCCAAUAUCACUGAGCAUACUUUAAUACAGCUGUAUUCCCAAUCCCUCUUCAGCUGGGGGAACUUUUAUUUGACAUGUUUUCCAUAUAUAGAUCCAUGAAUUCCAGUACAGCUUCAGAUUUAAAUAACAGAAAAAUAUAUUAAAGUAAAAGGUGCACUCUUUGCAAAAAUGGCCCAAGCAAUUUGACAUGAAUACUAAUGCAGAGAGGUUGCACCAAAGGAAUUAUCCAAUCAAAGCUGAGAGUAAAUCAAACCGAAUUAUAUGAAAAUAUCACAAGUGCACGAACGUAUCAGGGAAUUCAGUAAAUGGGCAGCAUUGCAAAACCCAUCGGAUUGUGAGGCGUGUGGAGGAAACUACAAAGCAAAAGCCAUUACCUGCGCUGCAGCGCAAUGCUCCUGUUACUGCGAUUCCCCACCAAAAAAAAGUGCGCACGCGUAAUCACCCCCCACACCCUAAAUUCAAGCUCUCUUCUGUAUGACAAGGAACUGAAGAAUCUCUCCAGUGACACCGACAAAAAGCCACACUGACCUUUCAAAAACAAAGCUGUGUAAAGUAUUAGAAUCUGAUGCUGUAGAAAGAUCCUAGUUGCCUUUGUGUAUAUCAACUGCCUGCUUGAGUAUUUUGUGUGUGGAAAUUUUCUCUGUAAUCUUGUAGAACUGUUCGGGGUGUUUUUUUCCUGCCAUAUCGCUCGCAGUGACGGCGAGCCUGCUGACGGUUAUAUUUGCUGUGUAUACCUUCAUUUUUUGAUGAGGUGUUUUCCAGUUUUGUUUCACUUUGUGUAGUGAUUCACUCUGUGGAGUUUUCUGACUGUUGUUAUAUAACUUCAUAUACACAAAUGAUCAAUAAAAAUGUUUUAUUUCCUGUUGA